AUGCUCGUCGGCAGGAGCAUCUCUACAGCUUCCCACCUGCUUUCUCACUUAGCUAAGCAGGAACCCUACAGCGCUGCUCUGGAACAAGUGCUGGGAAGACUCCUGGACGAGAGGUGGCAGCGGGUGCUCUGGAAUCAUCGAGUGUGGCCGUCCCUGGACGUGCCUCAGUGGCACUGCAACGCCGUGCAGCUCCUGACCAGAGUGCUGCUCCGUGCCCAGCUCGUCUCACGUUUGCUGAUAAACAGCUUCAUGCUGUGGCUGCACUCCCCCUCGCAAAACCUGCAACUCACGGCGCUGGCUUUCUUCGCAGAGGUGGUGAAGGACCCGCCAGCUGAGGGGAAGCAUCUCCUGAAGCCCCUGGUGUGGGUCUUCCUGGAGAAGCUGAAGAGUCCGAGCCGUGCUGUGAAGCAGAUGGCAGCGAGAGGCCUGGGCCGUGCUGUCAGUGGCUUGCCCAAGAAGUUUCGAAGGCACAAGAGGAACAUCAUGGAAGCACUGGGGCGUGAAAUGGAGAAGGUGGACUGUCCUGGGGUGGCUGCGGAGAGCAUGUUGGCCCUGGAAGAAAUAUUUGCAAAUCAGACGGCGAAGGGCUCGGGCAUGGCCUUCAAAAGCAUCGCCCGCUCCACCAGGAAGUUCUUCGAUGCCGAGCAAAAGGAGCUUCGUUUUGCGGCCUUCCAUCUCUACGCGGCCCUGGCUGCUGGCGCCAAGGGCGAUCUCACCACGUUCUUCAGAGCAGAAGUGGAGCAGACGUUGGGCAGACUCUUCCUGCACCUCCAGGACCCCAGCUAUGCAGUAUCCACCGCUUGCAAGACAGCCCUCUACAGCUGUGCUCCUUUUGUUGAGCCAAAGGGGCUGCAGGUGGUCGUCAUGAAUUCCAUCGGGUGCAGUGGGGCAGAGCUGCAGCGCGAUGUCUACUCUUACCUGGAGACAGCUGCUCCCGAGCUGCUGAAGAAACUGAAGCACCAGCAGGAGUCACCACAGGAGACGCGCUUCACAGAUGCCACUCUCCACGUCCUUGAAGCCAGCGUGGAGCACCAAGAGAGCACAACGCAUGCUGAAGACAUCCCAGAGCAUGCAGAAGAUCUCUCGGGGGACACAGAAGACAUCCCCGAGCUUUUAGAGGCCUGAAUAAAAGUCCAGAGAGCACAGCGGGUGCAGACCGGGUCCUUCCCAGGGUGGUGUUGGUGGGAGCUGGGGCCGGGCAGCGCUGCCUGUGCAAGCCUCUCAGCACUGGUGGGAUGGGGAGGGUCAUGGCCAAAGCACCAGUACUCUGAUCACCCCCAUCCAUGUCCAAAUGUAGUCACAAGGCUGGGAAAAACAAGAAAACCUUGAAGAAAACUGGGAGGCCUGUAGCUUGUGUAGUCUUUCAGCCGAAAGAAAGAGACAGGUAGCCUUGAGCUAGCAGAAGCAAGGAAGGUAAGGGAUAAAAGGGUCAAAAGAAGAAGGAGAAAGCCAGCUCCAGACUGGUUUUCUGACUAGAGUUACCUUUUGCUCGUAAAGGGGCAUUAACAUAUGUUAAUGUGGGAUUUGGUGUCCCUCCCUCCACCGCUGCUCCUUUGUCAUGAGCAAACUCAGUGGAGAUAGCUUAGGUGAGCUAAGAUAGCCAAUCAAAAGUAACCAAAGAGAGGGUUUUCACAAGUUUGCUGCGUACAGAUUAUGGUGAUUGGAGUCAGAGGCGUGCUUGCUUUGAGAAAGAUCGCCAAGCACCUGACUCUGCAGAGUUAUAGGAUUCCUUAUUGAAUUAAAGGGCCUUCGUGUGGAUUCUGACUCGGUGUGCCUA